AUGGAUCAUAUCGAGCCUGUCGAUGGUUCUAAUGGUCCUUCUGCAGAAGCUCCGAGGCCAGCGUCCACGACUCAACCGACGUCAUUGCAGCGGCGACAACGUGCGACCUCGCUCCGCUCUCGCCGCCCGACCAUCCGCCUUCAGCGCCUACCUUCUUUGGACAACGCCAUCCCCCAAAUCCAGCCGGCUGUCUCUCCGGACGCUCGUAAUGCUUCAACCAUCAAUGUCGCAUCGCCCCCUCCUGCCAAAGGCACAGAUGAAGACGCAUGGCAGGGAAAUCGUCGCCGCAGCAGUUCCGAGCCCCGGCCGGCAGGUGGUCUGCUCCCAAUCCAUCCACCCUUCCCCGGCUCCCGCCAGACCAAAUGCAUACCGUGA